AUGGAGGGCACGAUGAAACCCACUGCAAUUCUCAUUGUUCACGGUGCCUACUUUCUUCCAGCUGCGUGGACACCAUUCAUGGACGAUCUUAUACAGGCCGGCUUCACAGUGCGCUGCCCACGUUUACCGACAUGCGGCGAUGAGCGGCCGCCAAAGGCUCUUUUGGAAGACGACGUGAAAGUUGUACGACAGGCGGCAACGGAGCUGAUUGAGCAAGGGCAUAAAAUUUUGGUUCUGGCACACUCGUACGGAGGAGUUGUGACUACAGAAGCCAUCAAUCCAUCAUUUUACGCAGAGGGAACUACUCAUCCCAACUCUGCCGGAGUCGUUUCACUUGCGUACCUCGCCGCCUUUCUGGUACAACCAGGUGAUACUGUGGUUGGGGCGAUGAGCAAGCAUAUUCCAUCCGGAGAGGUUGAUUUGGAGAUCAACGAUGAUGGAACUGCGUUUGCUAAAAAUGCGCCUACAUCGUUUUAUAACGACAUCGAGUCUGCGCGUGCAGAAGAGCUGGCGCAAAAUAACGUAACGCAUAAUUCGGGCGCUGUCCUUACUCUUACCAUUCGAUCGGCACCUUGGAAAAGUCUUCCAACUACGUACAUCCAUUGCAUGCGAGACAAAGCGUUGGUGUUUCCAUUGCAGCAGAUCUUAGUAGAGGAGGCUCUCGCGACAAGUCGAUCGGCGACGUUUGACAGAGCUUUCAUUGACUCGGGGCACUGUCCAUUCAUUAGUAGACCAAACGAGUUGUUGCAGAUUAUCAAGAAAAUUGCGGGGGGUUGUAAUUGA